CGGAGCCGCCGUCGGGGUCAGGGCGCGCCGCGGGGAACCCUCCGGGGAGCGCCGGGCUCCGUGCCCAGGGACCUGGCCGACCCCGCUGCGACGAUGCCCGCGGGCCGAGGGGACCCCCUUCCCGGGGGGUCGGCGGUGUGAGCCCGCCGCGGCCGAGCGACGACAUGCUGAGCCCUACGACCGCCCUCUCCCGGCGCGCCUCCCCGGGCCUGUCCCCCGACGCGGCCGGCAGCGACCGCAGCUCCGCCGGGGUCCCCGAGAAGCCCGGCUACCCCGAUUCCGUGUACGUGAGGGCCGCCAACAUUUUCCAGGGGAUUCGAACCGAAAAGGCGCCGGAUAAAGUGUUGAUCAAGUACGGGAACCAGCCGCUGCCGUCCUCGGAGUCGGAGGACGAGUCCUGGCGGCGCCUGUCCUACGAGCUGGCCUUCAGCGCCCUGAAAUAUCAAGAUAUUUUGGAAACUAUGUUAAUAGACAGCUACAUUUUCCCGAGUACCACCAUACCAGACCAUCUGAACAGUCUUAUUAUUGUCAUGCUGUAUGAUUUCCAAGAUAGGAAAUUUCAAACUCGCGUCCUUCCUGACAAUGAAGAGUCCAUAUCGGAAGUGCAAGAAGUGGAGAACCUUCUUAACAGUUUCAAGGUAAAACUGGCCGCGGCCUUGGCAAGGUGUCGAAUCAAACAUGAUGCCCUUUCUAUUUACCACAUCCUGCCAGAAACGGUUAGGAAACAGGAGCUGAGGGCCUCCACGCUGCCGCUUUAUGCUUGGAUCAAUACUUGUAAAAUCAGCCCUGAAGAUGUUUAUGAUAAUUUGAAGAGAAAAGGCUAUAUUCAAGUCAAGUCUGUUUUGCAUGUUGACGAUAAAGUCUUUGCAGUGGACCAACAUUGCUAUGAUGUCUUAAUUUUUCCAUCUCAUCAUAAAAAUGAUCUCAUAAAUACAGAUCUUUUCAAAGAUUAUAAACUUGUUUUUCAGGACAAAUCUCGAAGUCUUGCUGUCCACUCUGUAAAGGCUUUACUAAAUAUGGACGAUGAUAUCUUAAUGGUCAAUACAGGGUCAUGGUACACAGUCGCCCACAUGGCAAUCUUAACCCAUAACAAUACUUCAAAGGUAUUUGUGUGUGGAGUACGUGCACAAGCUAAGGAUCCUGACUCGAAGAAGCUUUUUGCAAAAAUGGGAUGUAAAAAUAUUGAAAUUCUUCGUGAAGCAUUCACCAACAUUGAAUCAAAGGAUCACAGGUUACAGAAAGUGAAAGUGAUUCUGCUGCUACCUCGGUGUUCGGGACUGGGUGUUAGUAAUCCUGUAGAGUUUAUUUUAAAUGAACACGAAGAUACAGGUUUACUUAAAGAUCUCUCUCAAGGCGGCACAUCAGAAGAGAAACUUCAUGUUCUUGCUCAGCAGCAGUAUGAACAGCUAGUGCAUGCCAUGAGAUUUACCAAAGCUCAGGCCGUUGUUUACUGCACAUGCUCAGUUUAUCCAGAAGAAAAUGAAGCUGUUGUUAAGAAAGCACUGGACUUCCAAGACCCUGGGAUUAAAGUACAGCCGUACAGGCUCAGCCCUCCUGUUCUCCCACUGUGCUCCUUAAAGGAAAUACAUUUGUCUACGGAUAAAUUUUUCAGAAUGGAACCAUCUGAGAUUACCAAUGGUUGUUUUAUUUCUAUUUUAACAAGGGAGCGGGAUCCAUCUGAGACGGUGUCUGUGAAAGAUGUUUUGGCCCGAGCUGCAGCAAAGGGUCUACUGGAUGGGAUUGAGUUGGGGAAAUCAGCCAAAAAGGAGAAGAAGAAGAAAAAAUCAAAAAUGCUCUUGCCCAAAGCUUCCAUGACAGAGAAUGGCGUCCAGCUGAAAAUCGCUGAGUUCCUGAGUAGAGAAACUAAGGCGAAUGCCAAUCGAUCAGAGAUGGUGGCCACAAAGACACCUCUCCCACAGAAGGGCGCAGCCCAAGUGGGUGUUCCCUCACAGAUCAGAAAACCCGGCAAGCCUGCCCCCAACCCGUUAGUGGCCACGUCUGUGAGGAACACCGGGCCCUGCAGGCCAUGUGAGCGGCACACCAACUUCGGAAGACCUCGACCAGAAGACAGAAUGGUGGCUCUGAAACCUGUGGAAAUUGUCCUGCCUCCAGUGUUUCUGCCGUUUCCAAGUUCCCCAGGGAUCAAAUCGCAGAUCCCAAGUCAACAUCUUUUCUUUCGUACUGGACCGAAGCCUCUCGUGUCCACCUGCCUUCCCACACCAUCCGUGUGCAGGAGAGGGGAAAAGCCCAAAGAAAACGUCCCUUCCUCCCUAAACAGACGUCUUCGGCCAUGGCUUUGACUGUCUCGUUUUUUACAGGGGCUGAGAGUGGUUUUUUAUUUUCAAAGUCUGGUAUUUCUUGGAAGAGCAGACAUCCCCUCACGAGAUAGCCAUCCUUUGGUCACUUAGUGUCUUCGAAAUGUGGUGUUAGCUUCGGGGGAUUCGACGUGAGGGGCAAGAACAGAGGGGACUGCAGAGCAGGAUGCGGAUUUCAGGAACCCACGACCCGUUUGAGCAGGUUCAGCUGCAGACUCGGCGCCAGUGUUUGGAAGUUGUCUCACGCCUGCUAUCUGUACGGACCUAAAGCUGCAACGAACUCUCCAGAAGGGAACUGCGGCCCGCAGCAGGAUCUCGAACUCAAGAGGCAGUCGAUUGGGAAGCUCGGGUGUGCAUGACACCGGCCUUCUCCUCCUGGCUCGAGACUGCUCUUCGGUUUUCAGGCAGUUGGUGGCCUCACCCUGUCAAUCGCAACUGAAGUUGGUUUUUUUUCUUCCACAUCACACUGUUCUUCAGGUGGGGCAUGCCACGAGUCUGUGUACCGUCACUGAGGCUUUGAGUAGGAAGUGCAGGGUGUUCCAAGGGCCGGGUGUGCACAGCUCAGAUGUCCGCUUACAGAGUGUUUCUCAUCGGGAGAGCUUCCAGGGCCCUGAGAUCUGGCACGAUCACCUCUCCCCUCUGACCGCUUAGGCCAAACCCCCGACUGGGAGCAAAUGUCCACCUAAGUGUUCACUCUUGAGGAAGACACAAAACUGAAUACGAAUGGUAUCUAUUGAAAAAACCCAUAAAAAUUUUGAAUUCUAUUCAAAGAUCAGGUCGUACAACAAAAUCGACGAGUUCUUUCGAACAGCACACAGUAAUCAAACUUUGGUCCAUUUGCAAUGCACGAUUGAAAUACAUUGUAGCACCGUCUUAUAUUAAAUGUCGGUCCAUCUGAAAUGUACCAUCAGUUGCCUACCAAGAAUUGGUAUGAUUAUCAUUUCUGGAUCUGAUUUUUUUUUUUUAUCAUGGCAAUAGAAAAUUGU